CGAUACCGAGGUAGGCAUACGUGACGUAACCGUCAAGUAGGGAAGGCACCGCAUAUGGGAGCAGUGGGUGUACCUAACGAUCAAGCGGAAGCAAUGGCGUGGUUAUAAAGAGAGGAAAAAGGUAGCAACAUGAAAAAGAGGGACUUACAAACACCGAUGGCAGGUGAAAUGGUCCUGUCCACUGUACGAGACGCACAGCUGAUGAUACCAAAGGCCGCAGUCGGAGCACAUGACCCAGUCAACCACCUGUCCACUCUGUGCCUCGCAGUCUGCUUGCAGGCACGAAGCGCACUUGUCAUUGUCGUAAUUGGCUGGGAGUUUUGCAUGGCAACGACGCUUCCUUGGAGGCUUAUACACCCUGGCGGUUUUCGUGUGCAAAUCUCUAAACCGAAGUGUCUUCCUUUCCUGCUCCUGACCGACUGAGGAUUCCGGAAUCGGCACUAAACGUUGCUUACGUCUUGUGCCUUCCCUAGUAGGUUCGCUCGUCCCUUCCGCAGCUGAAUCAAUUAGGUUUUUGGAUGCGGGAACCGCAACGUCCUCAUGAGAGCUGCAUAGGUUGCGU